AUUCAGUGUAAGCGGAAGUGAACAGCGACAACAAACAAUUUCCAAGUUAGCAUCGUUAUUUAGACGUUUAUUAACACCCUGGACCUCAAAAUAUGACCAAUCAAACCGUACAGCAUAGCAUACUUACCUCAGGUAGUAUUUAAUUUGCGUUGGAGACAGGACUUGGGGUUGAUAGAUGUUAUCUAGGUAACGCAGCUAACGUUGGCUAAUUGUAACCGUAACGUUAUGAUUUUUCACACUCAAAUAGCCUCCAUUAUGGAGGUGCUAGCGAAUGCAGCCGUAGCAGAGAUCUGUAAACUAGUAGACGACGACUAUGCAGUGUUUCGUUUGGAAAUAAGUCAAAGCCAGAAAGAAAACGGCGCAUUGAGGAGGAAACUUCAGCUACUGGAACUAAAGGUGUCACGGGAGCGCGCAGAGAGGACAAUGCGAGAGCGCAUCAUCGCCAGUCGUCCCAGAAGUGUCAAGAUCCACGACCGAUAUAGAGGAAUGUCAAGAGGUGAAGGACAUCUCACUGGACGCUACAGGAGCUUUGGGAAGCCAGCGGGACACAAUACAUGGAGAGAUGACCAACCAAUCACCUUUGAUGAGGGGAGAGGAACCUCAACCCAGCACAUCAUCACAAUAGAGUCGGCAGAUGUUGUGGCGGCAGGUUCUGGAGGAUCGUCUCUGGUCAAGCAGGAGAGGACUGAAGGGGAAGACCCACAACACAGCAGAGACAUCCAGAGUGGAGUAGCGACUGUAGUUGCACCCCUUGUUACCACGGAGGACCACGUGACCGCGGUGCAGCCCAGGACCCGACGCAUCAUCACGGAGGUCAAUGGAACGCUGAACUCCGUCGUCAAGUCAGAGACCGACACAGAGACUUUAACUGUAACACAAAGGCUCUUACACACAGGAUCUGACCACAGAUCAGACCCAGAGAGACUGGGGCUGAGGCCACUGGGUUGUCCUCCGGCUCCCAGUUCAGAGUAUUUACUUUACGGUAACCCAAGUCCGAGGAUGGUUCAUUCCCAUCGGGACUCAGGUGACACAUUAGAGACUGGCAGUGAGCCGUCUUGUUCUUACGCUACAGAGAUGGACCCUGACAACAUGGCCUUGGGUUUAGAGACACAGACUGAUCUGUCGAGAGGGGACUGGAACCGGUACAGUAGUCGUGUACACUCUGAAGGGUGCCUAGAUAAGAAAGGAGACGGUCUGGUUGUAGAUGAAGUGAUUGUGAAAGUGGAGGGCGACGUUCCUCCCACAUGGAAUGCAGAUAGUCACCUAGGAGAUGGACACUCACAAGGAAGAGAUUUCUUAGAUUACAGGGAAUGCUUAGAAACUAAUCCAAAUGUCACAACCAACUCCCCUUUACUCGCGCUCAGAGAUCGUGACCUCGUGUCCACAUCGAUGGGGCCUUCCGAUUCACACAACUGCCUUUUUGAUCAGGUAUUGAACACAAAUGACAGGGCUACAGCCCAGGUUCAGGGAGGUGCAGCCACAUCAGGCAAUGUUAAAGAGAAACGGUUCCUCUGCAUAUUCUGUAACAAAGGCUUUAGCUGCCCCCAGAAAGUGAAGAUCCACCAGAGGAUCCACACAGGGGAGAAACGCUUCAGGUGUACCCAGUGUCAUAUGCGCUUCGUCCAGGCUGGUGACCUGAAGAGGCACCAGAGGGUCCACACAGGGGUGAAACCCUUCAGCUGUACCCAGUGUAAUAUGCGCUUCGCCCAGGCUGGCCACCUGAAGAGGCACCAGAGGGUCCACACAGGGGAGAAACCCUAUAGCUGUCCCCACUGUGAGAAGAGGUUCUCCCGACAGGACCAGCUCAAGAUGCACCUGAAGGUCCACACGGGAGAAAAGCUGUUUGCUUGUACGCACUGAGCUACCUCAGGAUUCACCAGCAGAAAAAACAUUCCACUUUUGAGCAUAGAAAGUAACCAUUCCACUCGAUAGCUUCUGACGUUUAGAUCAAACCCUGCAUUAAGACUAAGAUUCAUUUUCAUUGUUGUCUGCAGAAAAGAUCGACAGAUGCGUUUGGAAUAACGUCAGUAACAGAAUCCGUGUUGAAUAUUCCUGAGUAGAAUAUUGCAUCCAGACAUUGUGUGAUAUAAGGCAUAUUUAAGCCUAAAAAGUCAAAUUAAAUUGUAUUUGUUACAUGCUUCAUAAACAACAGGUGUAGACUAACAAUGAAAUACUUACGGAUCCUUAUCCAACAAUGCAGAGUUAAAGAUGCAUUUUUAUAAAGUAAUUAGAGUAAAAAAUAGACAGAAUAACAAUUACGAGUAAAAAUAACAUGGCUACAGGGAGUAGCAGCACCGAGUCGAUGUGCAGGGGUACGAGGUAAUGGAAGUAGCUAUGUACAUAUAGUUAGGUACUAGGCUUUACAGAUAAUUAUGUGUGGGGCACAGAGAUGGGGUAGUCAUUUAAAAAUCAUGUUAAACACUAUUAUUGCACACAGUGUCCGUAUUAUGUGACUUGUUAAGCACAUUUUUUUGUCCUGAACGUAUCUAGGCUUGCCAUAACAAAAUGGUUGAAUACUUAUUGACUCAAGACAUUUAAAUUUUUCUAUAAUUUGUAAACAUUUCUAAAAACAUAAUACCCAUUGCCAUACCAAGCGGCGAGGCAGCCAGUCAAGAUGCUCUCAAUGGUGCAGCUGUAGAACAUUGAGGAUCUGAGGGGUCCAUGCCAAAUCUUUUCAUCCUCCUGAGUGUGAAGAGGCAUUGUCGUGCCCUCUUCACAACUGUGUUGGUGUGUUUGGACCAUGAUAUAUCCUUAGUGAUUUGGACACCGAGAAACUUGAAGCUCUCGACCUGCUCCACUACAGCCCAGUCGAUGUGAAUCGGGGCUUGCUCGGCAAUCCGUUUCCUGUAGUCCACGAUCAGCUCCUUUGUCUUGCCGACAUUGAGGGAGAAGUUGUUGUCCUGGCACGACACUGCAAGGUCUAUGACCUCCUCCCUAUAGGCUGCCUCCUUGUCGUCGGUGAUCAGGUGUACCACCGGUGUCGUCAGCAAACUUAAUGAGGGUGUUGGAGUAGUGCACAGAAGUUGUGGGUGAACAGAGAGUAAAGGAAGGGACCAAACACGCACCCCUGAGGGGCCCCCGUGUUGAGAUCAGUGUGGCGGAUGUGUUGUUGCCUACCCUCCUGGUUGGGAUCUGCACGUACGGUCACUGUGAGAACGACAUUAUCAAUGCACUUAUUUAUGAAGCUGGUGAUCAAUGUGGUAAACUCUUCAAACAGUCCUGUAGGUUAGCAUUACCUUCAUCGUACCACUUCCAGUACCACUUGCACGUCCCGUUUUGAGUUUUUGCUUGUGUGCAGGAAUCAGGAGGAUAAAGAGUAAUGGUCAGAUUUUCCAAAUGGAGGGUGAGGUUUGUGUUUCUGUGUGUGGCGUAAAGCUGAUCUCAAGUUUUUUUCGCCUCUAGUUGCAUUAGGUAAAACGGAUAUCAGUUUCACUUCAUUAAAAUCACUGGCCACUAGGAGGGGUACUUCUGGAUGAGCAUUUUCUUGUUUGCUUAUGGCCCUAUACAGUUUGCAUUGGUUUGUGCUGUUAAAUAGACAGCUACGAAAAAUAUAGAUGGAAAUUCUCUUAGUAAAUAGUAUGUUCUACAGCUUAUCAUGAGGUAUUCUAGCUCAGGCUAGCAGCAUCUUGAGAUUUCCUUAAUAUUAGAGAUUGCGCACCAGCUGUUGUUAACAAAGACACACCUCCCCCCUGAGUUUACCCGAAGCUGCUGCUCUGUCCUGCCGAUGCAUAGAAAAACCAGCCAGAUGUAUAUUAUCCAUGUCCUUGUUCAGCCAGGACUCAGAGAAACAUAGGAUAUUACAGUUAUUCAGGUCCCGUUGAUAUGAUAGACUCGAACAGAGCUCAUCCAGUUUGUACUCCAGUGAUUGUAUGUCCGCCAAUAGAACGGAGAGCGGAUGCGGUUUAUUCACUCGGCGACGCACAUCAGGGUGCCCGCAAGUCAGCCUGGUUUACGCCGCCGCCUCCUGGUUUACGGUUGCGGUGCCCGCAAGUCUCUGGGAUUAUGGCCAGGUCAGGUGUAAGCAAUAUGUCCCGCGCCGCCGACUCAUUGAAGUAGAAAUCUUCUUCAAAAUCAAGGUUAGUGAUCGCUGUUCUGAUGUCCAGAAAACUAUUUUAGAUCAUAGGAAAUAAUGGCAGAAACAUUAUGUACUAAAAAAAGGUAAGAUCAGCUAAAAGAAAAACACAAAAUAGCUGAAUUGGUCAGGAGCCCGUAAAAUGGCAGCGAUACAAUCCAGUAGGGCUGUAAUGGUAUUGUAUUCGUACACCUCGGUUCGGUCCGCACUCCUUACUUGCCACUGACAGAGGGCGACAUGGGGGUGGCGGAACAUAGCUGGUUGAGGAGGGCUCCCAGCUGACUUUGUUGACACUACUUGUCAAUCCUUCUUUCUGUAAAUAUGUUACCCAUAUUUAUUGGUGUCUGUUACAGAUUUCCCUGCCUGUGAGUUUUCUAACUCCAACCCAUCCCCCAGGCCACCGAUAGGUUGCUAGGGAGCAGGACACCUGACAGUCCUUCUGCCUGCUCAGGUCAAAGCCUUCUUAGUCUCUCUUCAAUUGACAAGACUGAUGUAUUGCAGGGACAGAAAAGCACAUCCAUCUCAUAUGUCAUCUGGAAAUAGAAGUUAUUUAGUGUGUGUAACUGUGGGGUUGCCUUAUUCCUCUGACUGGGAAAAUCUACAGAGGGCAUCACAGGUACUUCCUGUUUGAGCUUCUGUUUGUAAACAGGAAGCAGGAUUGUAGAGUUAUCAUCUGAUUUGCAGAAGGGGAGACGAGGUAGGGCCUUGUACGCUUGCUUGUGGGUUGAGUAACAGUGGUCUAGGACUUUAUCGCCACGAGUGGCAAAGGACAAGUGUUGAUAGAAGUUGGGAAUGGGGAAUAUCUUGUCUGAAAUCCGUGUUUCAGAAAAAGAGAAUAUUGCCGUUACGAGAGUUUCGUUGGUAGCAAAUCCAUGAUCGGAGGUCAUCCAUCUUAUUAUCAAGUGACUGGCGAAUAGAAUUGAGGGAAGUGGUGGCCGGUUUUCCCUUCGCCUUAGUCUCACCAGGGCGCCCGCUCUCAUCCCUCUAGCCUGAAGAUUGUGUCUUAGGUACACAAAGAGCCCUGGGCAGAUGAGUCGAAGUCCGGAAUUGAGGUUAAUAACUGCCAAUCUGAUGUUCAGAAGUUCUUGUCAAUCAUAAGAAAUGAUAGUGAAUACAUUUAGUGCAAAAAUGUAACAAUUAACGCCAAAAGAAUUACAAAAUCGCAAAAUGAAGUUGGAGCUUGCAAGAUGGCAACCAUACAAUACAGUACGGCACCAUCUUUCAUAUUUUGGGCCUUCUUUUGACACCGCCUGAUACAGAGGUCCUGGAUGACUGGGAGCUGGUCCCCAGUCUGUUGCAUAUUGUGGUUGUACUGUGAAGGCUUUAUGAUGUUCUCAAAUGCCUAUUUCAUUACUCAACUACUUAAUUUUUUCCCCAAGACACUUUUAAUGAGAAUUUUUGCAGUUUAUGCAGUUGUGUAGUUUUCAUAUGUUGUCUUUAACUUGUUUAUGUUAAAUAAACACAAAAUGGAACUUUUCA